UGGAAAAUUAUUAGUAAAUCCGCAACUUUGUGUAGCAGAAGUUCAAGAAUUUUUAAACCGACCCACCGAAAAAAGAUGAAUUCCAAAUUUACCAUAUUAUUUUUCAUUGGAGUCGUUGGACUUCUAAUAGCCGAAGUACGUGCUGGCGGAAACGGCGAUAGAACUGUAAGGCCAGGUUCUCUACUUUACAAUCUCUUACCCCCUUCAGAUGAAGAGAUUGAAGCAUUCCAUGAAGUCAAACCAACAUCCGAAGAAGAUCUUCGAUUUGUGCAGGAAUUAUACCACGCAAUUGUCAGCGGGGAUGGUACAUACCUUGAAGAACAUGUUGGAGAAACCUCAAACAAAAAUGAAGAAAAAGCGUCAAGCUAUUUUGCCACCAAGCUAAAGGAAAUUAUAUCCAAGAUUUUGGGUAACGAUAAAACAGAUGAAGAGAUUCAGACACACCAUGAAUUCAAAGAGCCCUUGUCUCCAGAUACAUUAAAACAAUUGACCACAUUAUAUGAAACUGUUGGUGAAGGCGUUGUGGAACCAGCCUCGCCGGAACAAUCAGGUCAAGAAGAGCCAUCAUCUUCAGAGCCAUUACCUUCUGAGCCACCAAAAGAACCAUCAUCUUCUGAGCCACCAAAAGAACCAUCAUCUUCUGAGCCACCAAAAAAAUCAUUCUCUUCUAAGACGUCCAAAAGACCACAACCUUCCAAGACGUCCAAAGGACCAUCAACUUCGGGUGCAACAAUGAAGCGACCAGUUUCUAAAAUAACAAAAAAGCCCGCACCAAAGAAGCUAUUGAAAAAAAAUAAAGAGUGUAGAAUUAUGUAAAAUUCAAAAAGGUAAAAAAUGAUGAUGCGGUCUCUCUUUGUCAUUACAUGAUGAAAUAGAAUAAAUCUUCUUUCACCAAAUUUAAUUCCAAUUUUUUCUAAUUGUAUGGAAUACAAUUAAUAAAUAUUUGCACAGAUGGUGUCUUUUUACA